CACAAUUUCCAUGACCUCUCAGCAGAGCGCUCCUCUAUAAAGCUCAAGCGUCACUGUUUUUGAUGAACCUCGGUGACAUUUGUUCAGAGUGAGGCCGUGUAGUCAAUAAGGUUUUGUCAUUUUUCUUCAGGACGUGGUAUCUUUUUUGUGCGACUGCGACUCUGCAGGAUGUUCCUGACUCGCUGUGUGAUGGUGUGGAGUGUGUGGACGGCCCUCAGUCUCUGCGUGCCUGUGAGGAGCGCUCUCGAGGUGAUCCAGCCCUACAGAGUGGUGAGCACAAACGGUACAGCUCAGGUCCGGUGCGUCAUCAAACCUCCAACUUUUUCCCACUUGAGCAAACCGUCCCACAGUCUGCCCUCCAACCUCCCUGACCCAGAGGAUCUCCGUGUGACUCUGCUGAAAGGUCUUCACGGCACCCAGGUGUUCUGCUGGUUCAUGCUGAACCUCACACAGCAGAGAGAGACAGUUGUGGAGAAAGAAGGACGGGUGCAGUGCUCCGCUCAGUUGGGAGAGGGCGCUGUGGAGCUGACAGUGUCAGGUCUUCAAGCCACGGACACAGAUCUGUACCGCUGUCAGAUCCAGGUGUUCUUCCCACCUCCGUACCGGAGGCUCAGGGGGAACGGCACACUCGUUCAUGUUUUAGGAAACUCUGACUGUCCUGUGCAGGAGGCUCAGAGACAGACUGCACUGCGUGAUGAAGAUGAGGAGGAGGAUGGUGAGAGGUUGGCACCAGCCAGUGUUCCUGUGGUUGUUCUGGUGAUACUGGUCACAUGUGCUCUCCUCUUCAUUAUCUACCUUCAGGCUCUGCAGUGUCAACGAGGGCGGAGGGAGAUCGUCAGACCUGCGCCUGGCGUGCUCUACAAAGGAGAAGCUGCAUUUUCAUGUUAACACUUCAUGAGAACGGCAUGGCGCCAAAGCUGCUUAUUUUAUGGCUAAAAACAUGAAAAUACUAAUAGAUUAAAACGGCAGCUUACAGGAGUGUUGGGGGUCAGUAGGGUGUUUUCAUCAUUGUAGAAAACUACCAUGCUGGUGUUUGUGAAUAUUUAGAAUUAUUAAUGUUUACAUUCUAGUAAACAAACAUUCAUAAAAAAAUGGUGCCAAUGAGGCACAGAUAUGUGAAGGCUUGUAGCUCAUACUGUGUACAAACUUCUUGUUUGAAACAAAACUGAAAAGCUUAGGGGCGCUGGUGGUCUAGUGGUUAGUGCUGCACCCCAUGUACGGAGGCUGCAGCCUUCCAAGCAGGACGCCUGGGUUAAAAUCUGACUUGCGUCUCCUCUCCUGCAUGUCAUUCCUCUCUCUCUCUCUCUUGCUCUCUGAUUUCUGACUCUGGUCCUUUGCACCUUUAUUAAAGUUGCCUUAAGUGAUUCGUGUACUGCAGUAUUUUCUUCGGUUCCUGUCUUCUAGUAGAUUUCCACUGAAUUGUUGUUGUCGGUUUGUAGUUCUUCAUCGCUGAGAUACGUGUGAUAAGAAUCCAUUUCCUCAGAAUCUGCUCAGGAAAUCAAAAUGUUUUUAAAGUUUUGUGUUUUUGUGUCAUUGUUAUUCAUUGCCUUAAAGGUGUCUUUCUUGCAUCUGACUCGUGGUUGUCUGUGGUUUGAAGGGUCAGGGAGCAUGUGAGCAGGCUGAUCUCAGACUCGACUGUUUGUCGAUGUUGUCUAACCACAAAGGAUCACUGAGGUGUUUAAAACUGUCACAUUUAAGGGGGGGGGGGUCGGCAACAUUUAGGGUAGGUGAGAAAAGGAAGCAAUAGCUGAACCAACACGUUAUCGUAAAGGUGAGUUCAUGAUAGAACUGAUCAAAUCAAUAUCAUAUAAAAGACAGUAAAACAUAAAGUGAUAGAGUGGAGCUGCUGGAUGGAUUAAUGGUGAUAAUAACUGGUGGUUGACACUGAGUCAUGUUUGUGACCUUUGGGUGCAUAUUUCAGUAACAAGUAACUUCACUCUACCUGCAUGAUUAGGAGGUGAGAAAGAUCACAAUCAGUCUCUAAAAGAUGAAAAUACGACACUGAAAUUAAAACGGGUUUCACUAUUCUUAAACACACACACACUGACUCCACAGCUCACACUCCGACACACAGGAUGUGGACUAAAAACUGCAGACUCCAAACGCACCUGAUUAAAACUCAGGGUUUGUUUUGUAUCAAAGAAACAUGCUGCUGAUAAAGAUUAAAUGCCAUUCUAUACCUCACACAGUAGUGACAUUAAGUACCUUAAUAUAAGAUUAUGAUGUAUACAUGUCCAAUUUCUGAUGGAUUCAUCCUGUGUUGUCUAACCAUUACAGAUUGGAUAAUGGAUCAGGUUAUGAGAGGCGGGGAAACCCAACCAUUGGAUUAUCAAUGUGAGUGACAGAUAUCAUGGUCAUGUUAAAACAGGAAGUUGGGAUUUGGUUGGAGUAGAGUGUUAACAAGAUCCAACAGGGGGGAGAAUCAUGAUGUACAAAUGUGUUUAAGAUCAUGUAUGUGUGUAUUGUUCGGUUCUGGACUCUGCAGACUGCAGUGCUCGUGGUGCAAUAAAUACUCUUGCAACGAA